ACGAGUUUCAGAUCAUAACAAGACGCGGUACAGCUCAACCUCAUUUACACCUCUGCCACAACCUUCUCAUCUUCAGGCUACCUGAACCUACUCUCGUCCUCCCUCGAUAUCACACUCGCUCUUGCCACUCGACUCCAUCCCUGGGCACAUAUGAUGUCCGGAUACCUACCAACACUACUCCGUUACAUGUAAACAAACCCAUCGUCUUCCGUCACUGCAUGCGACAGCAGGCCACCGCUAGCAUCACGAUACCUGAUGGCUUCCAAUGCAUGGCUGGAUGAUCUAUCAGAAGAUUGGAUACCACAGCCUCGCUCUUCAUCCUCAACUGCACCAUCUUCUCCUCUGCCCAACUCGACGACUCACAAUGCGGUUGACUUACCCACGCAGAACCGAAGCCGAAUACCGCGAUUAAGGACUUCUUCGGGCGCUCUCAUCGCCAAAAAAACAUCUACUCCUUCUAGUAAAUGUCCUACGGGUGCAAUACGCCGAAAAAGCGCGCUUGCGGAGAGGAGUCUUAGUGAGGACAACAUACAACUAGAGCCCUCCUCCGAUUUGACAGAUACGAACGCGGAUCAAAACCGACAGGCAUCCCGAUCUUAUUCUGCGGCAUCAAUAUCAUCAGUUCUGCGCAAUGGUACGGUAGAGCAGAAAUCAGUAACAAGACCUCUGGGUAGAUCGGGAAAGCUCCAGGACACACCCGAAUGGCGAAGAAGACUUCUGAAGGGCGAAAUGGGAUAUGGAGACCAGAAGGACCUCUUCAGUCCUAUGGGAAUUGAGAAAAUAUUCGACCCCACAAAAUCGGCUGAAAAAGCACUGCCCGUGACAAGACGUAGACCGGAUUAUUUCAACUCCAGCGCCAUACCUUCGAGCCCACCCCCAUGGCCUUCACGUCCUUCCAAACCACAGCGUCCAACUGCUGUCCAACUAGCGCAAUCGAACGAGGAAUGUGAGCACGAGUCAAGUGGUCAUAUCCUUGAGGGUGAAAUUGAAAAGGAGGACUUUACUCAUGAUGUGCAUGAAGCUAUUGGGGAGCAAAGCCUGUCUGAGUUAAUGCAGAAGGUAGGAAGAAAAGAGCUACCAUCGUUGCUUGACUCUGGAAUUUCAAGCACUGCUUCUGGUGAUAUCGAACUGCGCAAUGAGGAGUUCAGCCCAGUAUAUUUAUCCAAGAACAACACGAUCGACGAUCGCUUGCAACAUGGCGGGUUCGAAAAUGCAAACUCACAACUCACGGAUAGUCUUGGGCAGCUCCAGUCCGAUCGUAUAGAGUUCGAAGCAACUCAUUCCGAUGCAGCCAGAUACCAAGAGAGCAUGGAAGGGUCUUCGUUGGCGAAGAUACAAAAUAUGACACUCCCGGAAGAUCUACCUGUAGGGACUCCUGAGGUUGCUAAGGCCCUGGGCAACUUUGUGACUACCAGGAGAGGAGGCUAUUCCGCAGAUGGCUCCUUUGCUCGUCGACCGCUAAGCUCCACACCACCUCUUUCGAAUACGAAUUCUCGAAUGGAAGAAAGCCGCCAGCUAACCACUGCUUUGGCACAAACACCUCGACCAAGCUCGGGGAAGACGUCGGUCCAAAAGUCUGUCCCACCGCGCGCACCUAGUCCUCCUUCGACAGUUUGCAGUCCUCGCCGUGACUCUCAGCGUGAUGAUCCUAGCGCAAACCAAAGUCGAACCUCGGGAAGUCCUCUGAAACUGUUUGGGGACCACGAUACAUUCACAGCUAACAGAUUGCAUCGACGUCUUAGUCAGCUCGAGCUUGGUGCAGACUCUCGAGGUCCACAACAAAGCUUGCAUGCAUCUCUUCCGAAACUAGGCGUUCCUUCGCGUCUCACUUCAGUAGAGGAAAUGAGCUUCAGUCGUGAAGAUGCCACAAGUCCUGAUAUGUCAACCAAAGCAGCACGAAGUCACUUUGAGUCCAGAUUGACUUCUUUUGGUACAGGGGUACUCGAAGGCUAUGAAUUUCCUGGAGAGAUAUCGAUUAUGUCGGAAAGCUAUCAAGACGACUUAGACGAUAGCCACAGCUCAUCUCCCAGCGCAACGGUAGCACCACCUGGAUCACAACCGCAGUUUCGAUUUCGCCUCGACGGAAGCUUCACGCAUGGAUCGAACGCACAAGGAAAACGCAUAAUAUCGCAAGGAAGUUCCAGAGUUGAUACGACUUCGAUGAAACAGCUGAGGCAGCUGAGGUCUCCGAAAUUACGGUCUUGCGUUCUUGAGCAAGUCGAGCAUCUUGUCGGACACAAAGAAGACAAUCGAAAUACAGACGGCAAGCGGCCACCAACAUCACCAGCUAAGAAUCCCACUCCGAAACGGCGAAGAACAUUGCACAACGCAGAGCUUCCAGAAGUCUCGGACGCUGUGACAGAGGGCGUCCUGGAGAAGAGUGCAGUGAUCCAAAGCGUCAUUGGUAAGAGAAAGGAUGCACGGCGAGGGUUGGAAAAUAAUGUGGCAGACCCAAAUAUACUGGCCAAGCGUCACAUACUACGGCCUCGUAAUCCAACGCCAAGUCAAAAACGGCGUGACGAAAUACAAGCAGAAGUACUUGAAGCUACUGAAGCAUUCCUGCAAAGCUCUCCCACACAGCUUCAGGCGAUCUGCGAAGACAUAGAUGCGUCAGAGCUGCAGGGUAGUGGCUCAGACCAGAUUACCGCAGUAGCUGUGGCUAAUGAAGUCGCUUCCUUUACGCUGAACGUACAGGCCGCAAAUGACAAUUGUCGAAAACGCUCGGUGACUACUCAGGACUUUCUGGAUGAGGCUAUGCAGAUCAUGGAAUUCAUUCGUACUAAAGGCAGGCCGAUGAGUGGCCUGGGAAGCCUUGAAGAGUCCGAGUCCGAACAUGCAGGUGACGACGGAACAGAGCUGAAGAUGCCAGGCUCGCCGCUGACAUUCUCCCGACCUGCCAGCCGGAAUGGACCUCAAGGUGCAUGGCGAAAUCCUCAAGCACAUGUAUAUGACCAACACACUCUUAGUCACCUGCGCAGGUACAAAGAAGGAAGUUCCGAAUUCAUGCCGGCUUCAAUCCAGUCCUUUCAGAAUCAAGGAAACAACUCCAACACAACCCAGGAGAACACUCUAGAGAAUAUUCAGCAAGGCAACAUCAGAAUACGCGAACCCUUGAAAUCACAGGGCGCCCACGAAUCUGGGGUCUUAACACAGAAUUCGCAGUCAUUUCAGAAUACUGUGCCAUCAUAUGAUUCCUCGGCGGGUGGUAGGAGUGUUGCUACAACCACUUCCAAGCGGUCUGAGAUGGUCGCGACGCUUGCACCACAAGCAGUCGCACAUCUCAUUCCGGAAGAAGUAGCAGGUAUGACAUACGACAGAGAGCGCGGCGUAUGGGUCAAGAAGAGAACACAUGCUACAGAAAGACCCAGCGAGGUUAGCAUAGAAAGCGAGGAAGACCCGUUCAAGAACAUACCUGAUUUGACAGUCGAUGAAAUCAGAGAGAUACAAAACGUUUCAGGCAGUAGACCUGACGACCUGAGAUUUCUAUCUGGUGUGUCCGGUAAAGACUUCAUACAUUCCUCGACCGAGGAUGCGUCACAAGAGGAAAGUCGAGUCCAGACGAUACGCGCGGUCCAUGUCGCCCUUUCAGCGUCGUCCAGCACCGUCAACUCCAAGCCUGUCUUUUUUUCGUCCAGCACAGACCCAAUCGAGACACGAGCCACGUCGUGGAGUGAACAAGAAAUGAUCAAUCAAGCUCGCAAGCAGGCCGGGGCGCUACCAAUGGACCCAACGUAUAACGUUCGCACGGAAGAUUUUGAGCACGAGAUUCGCAUAGACGAAGGCCGGAACGAGUCUCCGAGGCGUAUGAACGGACAAAGGCUUCGGGACGUAACAAUCACUUUUACCUCGCCAGUCGUCUCUCAAAUUCCGACUAACAGCUAUCUUGCACCGGAAAGUGAACGGAGAAAUCGCUUUGGCCUAUCGCAGCACUACAAGCAGGCCUCGGCUCAAACACUUACUCGCAAGUCCUUCAACCAUAUCCAGAGACAAUGCGAACCUAUGCCCGCAGAAGACGGAUAUAGCGAAGUGUCUUUUCUUGCUGAUCGAUCGGAUCCUCGUCGAACUUUGUUCUCGCUUAAUGUUUCCAAUACUCUUGCUCGUCGUCAGCAUGCUUUAAUGCCCCCUCCCAGUUCACCUAGCCGAGCAGAUGUCACGUUCUUGCUUAGUGAUCUUCCGGAGUUCUCUUUAAAUCAGGUCGAUGAGAGGGAGUUGCCAGACCGAAUGAUUGUUCAAAGAGGUGGUAAAGCUGUCGUCGAAGAUCGUUUUGCUCAGGGAACAGCGGAAUUGGUCAAGGCACUUCAAGAUGUCGAACCAGAAGAGCCAUUUUGGGAAGAUUUGCGAGCUGUCAACCUAGCUGGAAAGGGCCUACCCAAUUUACAUCGUCUAGAUGCCUUCUGUUGGUCACUAGAAGAUGUUGAUGUGUCCGAUAACGCCAUCAACCACCUGAACGGUGUUCCUCGGACGGUACGACGCUUCUGCAUCCGGAACAAUUGCCUCUCUGGGCUCUCUUCGUGGGGCCACUUGACCAAUCUACAGUGUCUGGACGUAAGCGGCAACGACAUCGACAAUCUCAAAGGGCUGUCUUCAUUGUUUCACCUUCGCGAGCUGAUCGUAGAUGAUAAUCGCAUAGAAAACCUAGAUGGUAUACUGAACUUAGAUGGUCUAAUCAAACUCAGUGCUCGGCGCAAUAGAAUCACAUCAGUGGAUUUGGAGUCAUCCAAUCUAAAAUGUCUGGCUGAGCUUGAUCUAAGCGUCAAUCAAAUCCAACACGUAAGAGGCCUCGAAUCUGUACCUCGUCUGCGUCAUCUUAACCUUGAUGAUAACAAGCUCGUGACACUUCCAUGCGACAUAGAAGAUGCACGUCCGUGUACCGUACUGAAAAGUCUCAGUAUCUGCCGAAACCAAUUAAAGUCCUUGAUCGUAGAGGGAAUCUUUCCGCAUCUGAAAUGCUUAUAUGCCGAUGGCAACCGACUUAGUCGAGUCGAAGGCGUCGAGCGGUUGCAAUAUCUACAGUCCUUCUCUUUGCGAUCACAGCGACCUCAUACCAUCUGCGCUCCCUCCUCCACCUCACCAACAGCAUCCAUCAACCUAUUAUCUCCGCCUCCAGACCUCUCCGCCCUCGCUCUCUCCGCGAACAUCAUUCCCGUCCUAGAUAUGCCUAGCCCCUUCCUCAUGCUCCAACGUCUAGAACUUUCGUCAUGUGGUCUCAACGCUUUACCUUCCACCUUCUCAAAGACAGUGCCCAACGUCCGAUAUCUCAACGUCAACACGAACGGUCUCAAAGAUCUCAGUCCACUCCUGAAUACCAAAGCUCUCGCGGAACUGCACGUUGCAGGCAAUCGCCUUUCGCGUCUACGAAAGACGAUGGCGGUUCUCGCUCGCCUAAGCCACCUCAGGACGCUCGACUUGCGUAACAACCCGAUAACUGUUGGCUUCUAUCCUACGAGCAUUGAAACACAUCUUGUCACGACCAAGUCUAUGGCUCUCGAUCAACCAGUGAACAUGGAGCCAUUCGUCUUACCCAAUGCCGAUGCAGAAAGCGAGGCUAGCCAUCGGCUUCGACUAGAUGAGGAUACACGUCUGCGGAGACGAGUGUAUGAUAUGCUGCUUGGAAACAGCUGUACAAAGUUAGCAGUCUUGGAUGGCCUAAGAUUUGACGCUGGAGCAGCGCUGGCGAAGGAUGAAGUUUUUGAAAGGCUGAGGCUGUUAGGCGUAUUGAAGCGGUCCAUGAAAGCAGAAGAUGAUAGCAGUGAUUAAGGGAUGCCGGGCGUCCUGACUUUGUCACCUUUUCAAGUUUUACUGUUCGGCGUUGAGUGCAUGCGUGGAGGGUUAAUCAUUGUUUGACGAUUGCAUUACUGGGCGUACAUCUGCAUGAUAAUGAAGGGACUUAGCCCACGUUGUAUAUAGGCCUUUCCCGGUUACGUAUUCUGUACCUAACGCCUCACGUUGACUUCCAGGCAGUGUCAUGUCUGAGGAAUACUGCAAACGUUUACUUUCACAACAAGUACUCCUGUCAACUGGGAUUUCAUCUAAAACAGCCCUACGAUAGCACACAACGUCUCCUCUCCACAGGCCUGACUGUUGUUUUGAUGGCUCACUUCUCCACAUGCGUCGUCCCAGCCUCUAACACUCACUUGAAAACUCCGGUCAAUUAAGAUGAAUCAAAAUUCGAAACGCGGAG